AUGUCAGCUUCACCGUUAAGGCUACUCUUGAAGGGUGGAGGAAACAACAAAUGUGGUCCCUGUUGAAGGGUCUCCUUGGAUGCAGGUCGUGUUCCAAUUGCAGGACAAUAAGGUGCUGCUGUGAAGGUGCUGUCAUUAGAAGCAUCCUACUCACUACUGCAUCCUGCGUCUUAUGCAUUUUAUUUUACACUGACGUGCCAAUUAUGUACUUUUAAAAAAAGACUGCCUGUCUGCAAUCAUCUGCAUGACCCGUAUCUGCCCACGCUUUCAUUUGGAACCCCGAAGUGUGCCUCUAACUACAAAGAGUUGUGACUGUUUCUCACGCCUUCUUGCAAGGAGAGGUCAGCAUUAAUAUAACAACGCUUAGCCUCUUUUGCCAAAAAAUCAUUCAAUGCAAAAAAAUCGGCAUUUGCUCUUGCGGAAAUCCAAAGCAGAUCCAGGGCCCGGAGUCUGCGUUGGCGACUGAAAACCUGGAUUUUGGAUCUCUGCGGCUUGAAGGAUCAGUUUGUGCGGCUCCAUCCCGUUCUGGGGGAAAAAAACCCACUUCCAGGAUUUUUCUCGGAGCUACUGAGAUGGGCAAAGAAAGAGAGGAUUUCCUUCCUGCGUUUCACCAAUGACAGCCCCCAGCUAUGAAAAACCAUUGCAAGGCGCUCAUUAUUAAUUUUCCAAUGCAAAAGCCAGUCUGCGUAAGGAAAAGGCUGCAGUAACGGAGAUAAGGCGCAGGUGGACACUUGUGGCUGUAUAUUUGCUUUGGAAAGAAAAGCACUGACAUUGGAUUGCCAUGGCUGCUGUGGAUAGCUUCUCCCUCCUACUCAGAGAGAUUGGACGGUCCUGCAAUUGUUACAUGGAGACGCUGGCUCUAAUUGGAGCCCUUUAUACAGCCAAGAUGGGCUUCACUUUAAUGAACGAUACGUAUACCCUGAUCAGGUUGCAUUUCAUUCCAAGGUUGGUUAAAAGGGCUGAUCUCGUCAAGCUGUAUGGAAAAUGGGCUGUUGUCACAGGUGGUACUUCAGGGAUUGGCAAGUAUUAUGCUAAAGAACUGGCAAGCCGCAAAGUUAAUAUUAUCCUAAUUAGCCGGAACCAGGAGAAGCUGGAGGCCCUUGCCCAGGAGAUAGUGAACACCUACAAGGUUGAGACUGCCAUCAUCGUGACGGACUUCAGCAAAGGCAGCGAGAUCUACCCUUCCAUCGAGCGAGCCUUGGCGGGCAAAGAGAUCGGCAUCUUGGUGAACAACGUCGGCGUGUUCUACACUCACCCAGACUAUUUCACCAGUCUUACCCAGGAUAAAAUUUGGGAGCUCAUCAAUGUCAAUAUCGGGGCAGCCAAUAUGAUGGUGCAUAUGGUGUUGCCGGGGAUGGUGCAGAGAAAGAAGGGGGCAAUUGUGAACAUUUCCUCGAUGUCUUGCUGCCAGCCGACCCCUCUGAUGACGGCCUAUUCAGCCUCGAAGGCAUACCUGGACCAUUUCAGCCGAGCGCUUCAUUAUGAAUACGCUCCCCAAGGCAUCUUUGUCCAGAGCUUAAUUCCAUUCUUCAUCUCCACCAAUUUGACAACAUAUAGCAGACAUCUCAGCAAAAAGAGUUUCUUAGUGCCUUCCGCUGAAGAGUAUGCGCGUCACGCUGUGACCACUCUUGGGAUCUCCAGAAGGACCACUGGCUACUGGCUGCAUACAAUCCAGUUUCUUUUGGGACAGUACCUACCAGAAUGGCUUUGGGCCUGGGGAACAUACCGAAUGAACAACUCCUUGCGCCUGGAAGCUACUUUGCAAAGACCGCAUUAAGAACAUAACCUGGAGGAUAGGCAAUGUCUGGAAGCCUGCUCUGACUGUUGAUCCGGAAACCCAGUCUCUGAGUGGGCUUCUCUCUCUGCUACUCAAGGAAUGAUAUCUGUCGUGAAGGCUUCAAAAGUCUGUCAGUCCUGCUUGUAGUCGUGCUUUUAGGACCCACGGAAAUUGAACAGGGAAAGGGUUAAGAAACCUGUUUAGAUCAGGCAGUCGGUUUUCAUAAUAUGCUAAGUGGGUCUUGCCUUAGUAGGCUCUAAAGUGAAGGAAUACUUUGGAAGCUAGGUGAAGGAAAAUGGAAAAUGCUGCUACAGGGACUGUUCCUGUGGGAACUGCAGUCUGCGUAGAGUUGUGCUCUGAGAAGACUGGCAAAAUUCUGUCAAAAAUUUUAAACGUGGUGUGUGAUAGAUUGCUUCGUUGGUGUCCUCUUUCUGUAGAAAUCCUCACAUUUUAACUGUGGUGGUGGAUGUUGUGUUACAAAAACAUUUGAAGCCAUUUUUGAAAUUGGGAAGGAAUGUAUUUUUGGUUUGUGUGGUGAAAUUGUCUUUUCAGUGAAUUGCUUGAGUGGUCUGCCGGUGUCACCAUGCUGUGUGUUUUGUAAUAUCAGGAUGACAGAGCUGAGCAGCUUCACGUGAAAACGAUUCAUUUUUCCAUAUCAGGAUUCCUAUUUGUCUGUCUAGGAAAAAAAUCGGUUAAUCGUCUUUGAUGCGUCUCUGAACUUGUGGUUUGUGCAAACCGUGUUGAAGUGCUGAAAUAUUGAACUGUCACGUUGAAUGUA